GUUCAGUGUGGCUGUGCUUUUCUCAGGUUCCCCUCUUCCCAGCCAAGCGCAGUGCGCAGCCUCUCUCGGGUCCUUGGAGGCUCUUGGCUGUUCUUUGGCAACAAAAUUCGUUUCCGGAGUAACUUCACGACCUUUGAAGAGAAAGUCGAAAGAAGGCGAACCAUAAAAAUAGCUUAGCUUACUAUUAGGUCACAUCGAUGUAGUAGUAGUUUCUUGACGAGAUACUCUAUGAGCUACAACUGAAAGGGUGAUUUUCAAUGAUGUGCUGUAGGGUCCACCCAUGGUGGUACAUCGAUCGACAAGACUUGACCAUUCAACGAAUACGACAUCGUCAAAUAAAAAUUCGAUUUGCUUCCAUCACAGCGGACCUUCCAAAAUGCGAGGGAUCGAAACUGUUCAGCAGAGCUGAGUCAUUCACUACACUUCUUCUUUUUGGACCAUCGACCAUCGAUUCGAAUAUUGGAGGCGAGAUCGUCGUCCUGAAGGGCGGGUGUGGACAAUAUCUCAUCAACCAACUCGUCGCAGCGCAGAAUUUCGACUACAACAUGUCGAAUAUUCUGGAUAAGCUGCUAGGGACAGAGUUCGGGUCAUCCUCAAAUUUGAUCUUUAGGGAUAUUGUGCUCUCGAUUUUGCUGGGUCAUGAUUUGAGUUUGAUGAUAGUUCAAGUUAUCUGGUCAUGGCGCGGUCCUCAAUCUAUGCAGUUUAUCCCCCUUCUUCUGCAUAGCUCCCAGUCGCUCACACAAAACAGUUUGCCAACAUUCAUGAUGUCUCAUGGGGCACUAACAGGCGAAGAUGCUAUGCAUGUUUCUGUCCUCAAACCCACCCAAGGCGGUGUCCAAGCCUGA